CCCUGCCCCCGCCCCCGCCCUGGCUCCGCGUCCGCACAGCGGCUCGGGGAGCGGCCAUGGCGCAGCAGCCGGGCCGGAGGCAGGAGCGCGCAGACGCCCCCAAAGGGAGAGGUGCCACAGAUUCCCUGAAGCCCACUGGGGACUUGGCUGAUGCUACGGCUUGUAUAUGGCAGGCGCCCAGAUGCCAUGGCGAUGUGGAUGCCCCGGACCCAGAGGAAGAAGAGGAGGAGGAUGUGGGGAAAGUGGGCGUCACGGAAGAGGACAACAAACAGCUGGACCUGACGGACCAGGAGAUGGAAGACCUGAGGGCCCAGGUGCUGCAGCUGCUGGAGGAGCUGGAGGAGACGCGGGAGCUGGCGGUGAAGCACGAGGAUGACUCACUGGAGCUACAGGGCUUGUUGGAGGACGAGCGACUGGCCAGUGCCCGGCAGGCUGAGAUCUUCACCAAACAGAUCCAGAGGCUCCAAGCUCAGAUGCGCACGCUGAAGGAUGAGUUCAGCUCCCUGCAGGAUAUGAAGGAGUCGGAGCUGGAGCAGGUGGAGCGGGAGCUGCAGGAGGCCAACGAAGAGAUCCACGGCCUGCGGCUGGAGGCGGAGGAGGUGGCUGCCAUCCACGAGAACGAGAUCGCCGCCCUGCAGGAGCAGCUGUGCCGGCUGCAGGCCGAGCUGCAGCGCUUCCAGCGGGUCCACGAGGAGUACGAGACGGAGAUCACCACCCUGCGCGCCGAGAUCACGAUGAAGGCCAGCGGCCAGGCCCGGGCCGAGGGCCCCGCUGACAAGCUGGCUGUGCUCCAAGAGGAGCUGCUGUCCCUGCGGGAGCAGUACCGGGACCUGACAGAGGAGUACCAGACCCUGCAAGAGAGCAACAAGAUCAUGGUGCACCAUCUGGAGAACCUGGAAGCCCAGAAGUACAGAUCCAGGAGCAGGUCGGAAGAGUCUCACAAGUCGACGGACUCGGAAGUGAUCCAUGCCCCGGUGUGCCGGACCCUCUCUCCCCGGCGCGCCAGCCCCCGCCUGAGCGGCAGCGUCUCCUUCAAGAUGGUGGACAACACGAGAACCAUCAGCACCCCCAGCCGCAAGGAGCCCCUGAGCCAGGACGAGGAGGAUGACUCCGAGCUGAGCCUGCGCUUCAAGCUGCAGAGCGAGGAGGAGAAGGUGCAGCUGGCCCAGAGCAAGUGUGACAGCAUGCAGACCGAGCUGCGGGAGCUGCAGCGGCAGUACCAGGCCAUCCAGCAGGAGCGCCAGCAGCUGCAGGAGGAGCUGAGGCUGUGCCGGGCGGAAAUCCAGAGACUCAACGGCACCGUCCCCGCUGACGGGCGGAGCCACCCCGCCCCCGAGAUCUCCCUCCCCCUCAUAGGACUGGUUGUUAUAGCGGCUCUGCUCUGGUGCUGGUGGGCCGAGACCUCUUCCUAAUGCCGACCAGGUCCCGGCCGGGGGGCUGAAGCCCAUCAUCCUCUUUGCGGUAGCUGCAGUUGCCUUGCUUCUGUACCCCUGCCUGAAGCGGUCCUGCGCCAGCUCCGUGCCAGCCUGAGGAGCGCCGCGCCCGGGCCAUGCCACACACGCACGCGAGAUCCGCCCCCUUACCCCCCAUGGCCUGCUGCCACUGGGAGGGCUGGAGACCCUUGCUCCAGCCCCCCUGAGUGCAUGGAGGUCACCCCCCACCCCCGGUCAGUCACGCCAUGGCAGCAUCUGCCCCCUCGUUACUGCAUCGGGGCUCAGGGUCAGGGACACUGCAUCUGUGGGGCAGGGAAGGGAGACUCCAGCCCCCUGCAGGUCAGCCCAGGAUGCUGCUCUGGUGGAUGCGUGGAUGUGUGGGGUGGCUGGGAUAGGGAGGGGGUGGGCUGUAGGCCCCGUGGGAGAGUGAGGGGCUCCCUGGAAAGCGGCCUCAGCCAUCCCUGGGGCUCCCCCCUCUGAGCUGGGUCCGGUCCCAUUGGAUCAUAGCACCAACUAGUGGGGAGGUGGGGGAUACAAGGGGUCCCUGCCAUCGACUCCCCAAACAGAACCUGUUCCAGUGGAGCCCCAGCCCCUGCCCUGCCCCCUCUAUCCCAGCCCCUGCCCUGACCCACCCUGCCCCCCUCCAUCCCAGCCCCCACCCUGACCCGCACUGCUCCCCCGCCAUCCCAGCCCCCGCCCUGCCAUGGGGGAGCUGGGAUCCCAAGGGAACCCCAGCCAGGGCUCUGGUCAUUUCCAGCGCGAGUCUGGUUCCCAGCCAGGCCAGCCCAGCUGCGCCGGGAGCCCCUCUGUGUGCCCCGCCAGGGGAGGUUCACACUGCCUGGCUCUCGGCGCCCCUAUGUGGCCACUGCCAUGGAGCAUUGUUACCUUGGACAAGCUGCCGACAGCCUGGGAGUGGCAGGAUAGGCCUUGGCCGGGGUAGGGAGGAUGGGCACCAGCCUGCCACCCCCCCUUCUGCCAGGGACUGUGCCAGGUCUCCAGCCUACACCUCCACCGAAGCUCAGCCCUUCCGAACUUGCGCCCACCUCUUCCUCCCCACUCCCCUCUCCAGAACACAUUGGCUCCUCUCCAGGUCGGCCUGAGGGGGGCGCUAGAGACCAAUACCCAAUGCUCCCCGCCCCACCCACCAGAACCCUGCCCCCUGCUGGCCCGGCGCUCGGCGUGAUCCACUGCAAUAAAUUGAAAACCAAGGAGAUCACGGGGUGCUUGAAGCAGCGGGCAAGCCUGGGCCAGAGUUUGUAGUUGGCAAUAUUUAAAAUCUGUCUUUACACUUGUGCUCCACGUCUGGGAAGGUCUGACUGUCUCGGUGCCAUUCAGCAGGGAAGACCCAGGUGCCAGACAGUCCCUAGGGAGAGAGAUUUAUUUAUUUUUAAAGCGGGAGCCCCCCUGGUUUCCUCGUCUCCACCCGGGCGUUGCAUCUCCCUGUCACCCCUUCGCCCGAGGGCCCCUGCUACAAACCUUCCCCCGUCACCUCAUUUCAGUGUUAGCGCACCCCUUUCUUCUGCCCUCGGUGUGCAAGCCGUGGGCGCUGGCCCCAGGGCUGUGUGGGUGGCGUUUGCACGCGCACUGGUGUCACGACUACUCGUGAACGGUCAGCACGGACGGGCAGGGAGGGGGCCGUUGAAGAGAAAGGGGCUCUCAUGGGGGCUUCAAAAUGGCCCCGAAGCUUGACACCUUUCCCUGGGCAUGUAUUCUGGAAGUGCCUGCAUUUGGGCUGCGGGGGGCUGACCUGGCCCCGUGGCCGGCUCCUGUUCUGGUCUGUCCCCGCCCAGCCCUGCGUCCCUGCUCUCCGACUGGAGCUGCGGCUGCACCCCCGACUCGCGCGCUCGGGGGCUCCCUCUCUUUGUGGUUGUUGAAUGUUGUAACUUGGUAAAAGAACUUUGUAAAUCCA